AUGUUUUACAGAGGUAAAUAUAUAGACAGUGGAGAUGCGCGAGAGAUGGGUUUGAAACGGCAGCGAUUGAUGGAUCAGGGCUCUUCAUAUUAUGGGACUCCUCCUGGUCCGAGUUACAUGUACAAUACUCCACCUCCACCGCCUCCGGUGUAUUCAUAUGUUCCCCCGCCUUUCCCUGUUGUUCGACUUCGAGGUCUUCCAUUUGAUUGUGCAGAAUCUGAGAUUGCUGAUUUCUUCCGUGGUUUAGACAUCGUUGAUGUCUUGUUUGUCCAUAAGGGUGGCAAGUUCAUUGGGGAAGCUUAUUGUGUAUUGGGUUAUCCUCUUCAAAUAGAUUUUGCUCUACAGAGAAAUAGGCAAAAUAUUGGAAGGAGAUAUGUUGAAGUUUUCCGAAGCAGAAAGGAAGAGUACUAUAAGGCAAUAGCCAAUGAAGUUUUUGAUGCUCAAGGUGCUUCGCCUCGUCGUGGUGCCCCAAGAGCCAGAUCUUAUGAUGAGAGCAAGGACUUGGCUGAAUAUAAAGGGGUGUUGCGGUUGAGGGGGUUGCCAUUCAAUGCCAGCAAGGAGGACAUUAUGGAUUUCUUCAAGGAUUUUGUACUUUCUGAAGAGAAAAUUCAUAUGAUAGCUAACUCAGAAGGAAGACCGACUGGGGAAGCAUUCGUGGAGUUUGCAAGUCCUGAGGAUUCAAGAGCUGCAAUGGCUAAGGAUAGAAUGACCCUGGGCUAUCGCUAUAUAGAGCUCUUUCCUUCAUCACAUGAGGAGUUGGAAGAAUCAGCUUCAAGGGGCAGGUUAUUACCAAAAUCAUACGAGGGGAAGGAACUAACUGAACUAACAUCUGUAUUGCGAAUGAGGGGAUUGCCAUUUUCAGCUGGCAAAGAUGACAUAAUCGAGUUCUUUAAGAAUUCUACUUUGUCAGAAGAUUCAAUUCACAUUACCUACAAUUACGAGGGAAGACCUACAGGAGAAGCUUUUGUGGAGUUUGCUAGUAUGGAUGAUGCAAAAGCAGCAUUGGCUAAGGAUAGGAUGACACUUGGAAGUCGUUAUAUAGAGCUAUUUCCAUCGUCAGUUGACGAGAUGAAUGAAGCAGUUUCAAGGGGACGGUGA